AUGAGUGGCCAUAAGCACACCAGUGACCAAGCUUUUCCUGAUGUGUUCGGCAUCCAGAAACCCCCGGGACUAUCCGUAGGCUUUAUACCCGCUUCUUCGCUAACGGCUGAGUCAGAAUGCCACGUGAUCGCACGGGCGUGCCAUGUUCAGAUCGCUUCCGAGUCCAUCGACGGGCGCGUCUCGGAGAGGGACGGCCCUACCAGCCUUUCUGUGGUGGCAUUUCGAGAACUGAAGGACCCCAAGACGGCUCUGGGCCCGCGGACGGCGCGCCAGCGCUGGGAUCGGAACCACCAGGCCCGGGCAGCGCGCCCGACACCCAAGGCCUCGCGUAGACCCAGGGAGGAGCCCCCCUGCUCAAAGCGAAGGGUGGGCGACUCCAGACGGGAGCACGGUCUGGACAGAGGCCAUCGCACCAACUCGGAGAGCAGCGCGCUUCAGCCGAGUGUGCCCGCGGCAGCACGCCCGCUCCCGGCCCCUCCGCCCGAUGCCCUCUGCCUGCUCUGCUCUGCUGAGGAACGCUGCCGGCAGGCGUCAGCCCACACGGGAGCCUGGCCCCGAGCCGGCCCUCGCGCGGGCGGGCAGCGCGGGCCUUCGGUGGCCUCCUCCCCGGCCGCGGCCGCUGGCCUGCGCACAGGAGAAGCUUGUGCUCGUCGGCGUCUGGACUCCAGUCCCGGGCCAGGAAGCUGGGGACGCAGACGCCCCACGUGCAGGGAUCGGGCUUGCUACCAUUUAAAAUCAGACUCUUUUUGUCUUUUGAUUGCUGUCUCUAGCCCCAACUCCGAUGUGUUCCGUUAUCAGCGACCAGCAGCCUGCCGCUCCAGCCCCCGUCUGGGUGGGGAUCGGUGGCCAGUCUCCCGCAGCCGCGGCGGGCAAGGUUAUAUAGGAAGAGAAAGGCAGGCAGAGAGCGAGGGAGCCAGGAGCAAGCCGGAGCGCACGGGCACACACUCGCGCACACAGACCCGCACGGGGACAGCGGGAAGGCGCUGGGCUCCGGACGAGAUGCUGCUGGCGAGAUGCAUGCUGGCGGUGUUCGUCUCCGCACUGCUGAUGUGCUCGGGGCUGGGGUGCGGACCCGGCAGGGGAUUUGGGAAGAGGCGGCACCCCAAAAAGCUGACCCCUUUAGCCUACAAGCAGUUCAUCCCCAACGUGGCCGAGAAGACCCUAGGGGCCAGCGGACGAUACGAAGGGAAGAUCUCGAGAAACUCGGAGCGAUUCAAGGAACUCACCCCCAAUUACAACCCCGACAUCAUCUUUAAGGAUGAAGAAAAUACGGGAGCAGACCGCCUGAUGACUCAGCGCUGUAAGGACAAACUGAACGCGUUGGCCAUCUCGGUGAUGAACCAGUGGCCCGGAGUGAAACUGCGGGUGACCGAGGGCUGGGACGAAGACGGCCACCACUCGGAGGAGUCGCUGCACUAUGAGGGCCGCGCGGUGGACAUCACCACGUCAGACCGAGACCGCAGCAAGUACGGCAUGCUGGCGCGCCUGGCCGUCGAGGCCGGCUUCGACUGGGUUUACUAUGAGUCCAAGGCGCACAUCCACUGCUCCGUGAAAGCAGAGAAUUCGGUGGCGGCCAAAUCCGGCGGCUGCUUCCCGGGCUCGGCCACGGUGCACCUGGAGCAGGGCGGCACCAAGCUGGUGAAAGACCUGCGUCCCGGGGACCGCGUGCUGGCGGCCGACGACCAGGGCCGACUGCUCUACAGCGACUUCCUCACCUUCCUGGACCGCGACGACGGCGCCAAGAAGGUCUUCUACGUGAUCGAGACGCGGGAGCCGCGCGAGCGCCUGCUGCUCACCGCCGCGCACCUGCUCUUCGUGGCGCCGCACAACGACUCGGCGGCCGGGGAGCCGGAGGCGCCGUCGGGCGCGGGGCCGCCGCCGGGGGGCGCGCCGGGGCGCCGGGCGCUCUUCGCCAGCCGCGUGCGCCCGGGCCAGCGCGUGUACGUGGUGGCCGAGCGCGGCGGGGACCGCCGGCUGCUUCCGGCCGCCGUGCACAGCGUGACGCUGCGCGAGGAGGCCACGGGCGCGUACGCGCCGCUCACGGCGCAGGGCACCAUCCUCAUCAACCGGGUGCUGGCGUCGUGCUACGCGGUCAUCGAGGAGCACGGCUGGGCCCAUCGGGCCUUCGCGCCCUUCCGCCUGGCGCACGCGCUCCUGGCCGUGCUGGCGCCCGCGCGCACGGACCGCGGCGGGGACGGCGACGGCGGGGGCGGCGGCCACCUGCCCCCGCCCGCGCCGGCUGCGCCCGAGGCGCCGGCUGCGGCCGACGCGCCGGGUGCCGCGGGCAUCCACUGGUACUCGCAGCUGCUCUACCAAAUAGGCACCUGGCUGUUGGACAGCGAGGCCCUGCACCCGCUGGGCAUGGCGGUCAAGUCUAGCUGAAGGCCGGGGA